UUCGUGAACACAUCAGUGAUCCACGUUUUGGUAAAAACUGAAAUGGCAAAAGAAAAUUGAAACUCAUCUCAAGUUAGGGUUUAGGGUUUAAGAGCUCAGAUCAACUCAUAGAUCAUGAUGCAGUGGAGUAAAAGGGGAAUGUUGCUGCGUUUUCUCGCCGUCAUUCGCCGCUUUUCCACGGAGGCGGUGCCUGUUCGUGCCGCAGUAGCUGCCAGUUCUAGCGGCGGGGGAGAUACUCUGGGGCGGAGGCUUCUGAGCCUUUUGUACCCGAAACGCAGUGCCGUUAUCGCCAUCAAUAAGUGGAAGGAAGAGGGUCACGCGCCACCACGCAAAUACCAGCUCAAUCGCAUUGUUCGAGAGCUUCGCAGGCAAAAGCGCUAUAAACACGCACUCGAGGUAUGUGAAUGGAUGACCUUGCAGAAAGAUAUCAAGCUUGUGCCGGGUGACUAUGCAGUCCACUUGGACUUGAUAACCAAAGUUCGGGGUUUACAGAGUGCAGAAAAAUUCUUUGAGGAUCUUCCCGAUCGUAUGAGGGGCCAGCAAACCUGCUCCUCACUUCUCCAUUCGUAUGUCAAAAAUAAUUUGGUUGACAAAGCUGAGGCCCUCAUGUUGAAAAUGUCGGAAUGUGACUUUUUGAGAUGUCCUCUUCCUUACAAUCACAUGUUAACUCUCUACAUAUCGAAUGGGAAGCUAGAAAAAGUUCCUAAAAUCAUUCAGGAAUUAAAGCUGAACACUUCCCCAGAUGUCGUCACUUUCAAUUUAUGGUUAACUGCUUGUGCCUCGCAGAAUGAUGUAGAAACAGCAGAAAGAGUACUGCUUGAGUUAAAGAAGGCAAAAAUAGAUCCGGACUGGGUAACAUACAGUACAUUGACCAAUUUGUACGUAAAAAGUGCUUGCCUUGAGAAAGCCGGAUCUACUGUGAAAGAGAUGGAGAAUAGAACCACUAGGAAAACUCGAGAUGCAUUUUCCUCUCUGCUUAGCUUGCAUACAAACAUGGGGAAUAAAGAUGACGUUAAACGAAUAUGGCAGAAAAUGAAAGCCUCCUUUCGCAAAAUGAAUGAUAAUGAGUAUAUUUGCAUGAUAUCCUCUAUGGUGAAGCUUGGAGACUUUGCUGGAGCUGAGGAUCUUUAUAGGGAAUGGGAGUCUGUUUCUGGGACCAAUGAUGUCAGAGUUUCAAACAUACUUCUUGCUUCAUACAUUAACCAAGAUCAGAUGGAAUUGGCUGAAAGUUUUUGUAAUCAAAUAGUCCAAAAGGGUGUCAUUCCUUGUUACACUACAUGGGAGCUAUUGACUUGGGGGUAUUUGAAAAGGAAGGAUGUGGAAAAGUUUCUCGAUUAUUUUAGUAAAGCUAUUUCUAGUGUGAAAAAAUGGAGUCUGGAUCAAAGAUUAGUACAGGAAGCAUUUGAAAUCAUUGAGAAGCAAGCUCAUACUGAAGGAGCAGAUCAGUUGUUAGUUAUCCUUAGGAAUGCUGGUCAUGUGAAUACUGAUAUUUAUAAUCUAUUUCUCAAAGUUUAUGCAACAGCUGGUAAAAUGCCUCUCAUUGUCGCAGAGAGGAUGAGAAAGGAUAAUGUGAAGUUCGACGAUGAGACUCAGAGACUAUUGGAUCUAACCAGUAAAAUGUGUGUGAGUGAUGUUUCAGGGAAUUUGUCCUAAGCCAAGCACCAAAUAAAGGAGUUUUAUAGAGUGUUUGGCUGGUGAGAUGGUAAGGGACGUAGCUUAGCGUGAGUUCCAUUUUAUGCGCAGUGCAUGGAAACCAGUUCUGUUAUAACUUAUGAUGCUCCGACACUGCGCAUAAAUGCGUGUCCCGUGUCCUAUAUGUAUCGGACAUCAAAACUCGUAUGAUACUUGUAGGACACGCAAUAUUUAAUUUAAAAGAUAUUUUUUUUAUCUUUAA